UUAUUGCAGUGACAGUGAUUAGGUAGGCAUUUGUUGUUUAUAAGUGAAGCUCACAGUUGUGUAAACGAGUUUAGUAAAUUGUAUUUCAAGAAGAACUAUAAAAAUGAUGGGAUUUACAAUAUAGAUUUUCAAAAUCAUCUUUUGACGAUUUUCGAUUUUGAUAACCAAUGAUUUUACCAAUGUCCGGUGGUUACGGAUGGGUUCCGAUAGAUCAACCACACACGCUAUUGUGGGUGCCGUGCAAUUCUGGCGAUCCGUUGCCCAGGGGAGCUGUACACGCCGGCACGGACAAGGGCGGCGACCCGUUGUACGCGGGUCGGGCUUUUUACGAAGGUGACUUGCUACCAGCAAAAAUAAACCCGAGUCAUUCGUCGGCAUACGUGUGCUGGGGAGGCAUGGAGCACGCCUUGAGCCACUUCGAGGUUUUAUGUCAUGCAAACGUGGCGUGGCAAACCGCUCAAGGAAACCAUAUUCCGCCAAACGCUAUUGUCAUAGGUUCUACUGUUGAUGGGGAAAAACUUUACAUGGGUCGUACGCUUCAUGACGGAACAUUAACUCCUGGAAAAAUACAUCCCAGUCAUGGAACACUUUAUAUUCCAUAUAACGGAGAAGAAGUAUCCGUCACUGAGUAUGAAAUCAUGAUAUACCGACCACCUAUGACCUUUAAUUAAAAGCCAUAAACACAGCAAUAUAAUAUUAUGUAAUAGUCUAAUAUAAAAUAUAUUAUUCGUUGUCAAAAAAAAAUAUAAUUACAUGCAUUAUUAAAUAGGAAGCUCAAUAAAUUAUUAUAUAUAAGAAAAUAUUAUAUAAUAUAUUAAUAUGUGUAUAGUUGAAAAUAGUUUUAUCAUAGUAGAAUAGUAGAUACAUCACUAUAUAGUCACUAUACCUAUUCUUAUUUCUAACUAAUUAUAUACCUAAUAUAAUGACAUUUAUGUACUUAACUAUAGUUACAGUACUAUAGUAACUAUAACUUAGACUAUGACGUAUAAUCCGUAACUAUCUAUAAUACGCCUUUUUGUGUUUUAAAAUGCUCAUAAUUUUUAAUACUAAUUAAUUAUCAUUUAUCACAAACAUUUUAUCCUAUCGGUGAUUACAAAAUAUAUUUAUAGAUUUUUUACUUC